GAAAAAAUACCAGGAGCCAUAAAAUGCACGGACUACAGGGGUCCAUUUGACUGUCAGUAAGACGUUUUCGUACUUUGAGGGUUUGGUCCUGGCGAGGUCUUUGGAGAACUCGAGUUUAAUGCGAUGGAGGUCCUCUGUCAGGCCGAGCUUUCUGGUUUUUAGCCAGUCGGCUGCAAAUCCAGGGAUGCCUAGCUGAGCUAACCUAGCCAGCUAACAAUUAGCCUGUCCAUUUAGCUAUCCUGGUCACUGGAGCCUCGGUCUGCGAGAGGAUACCUGCUCUGAGGACAAUUGUGAAGCGGUAGUUUCAUUGCGGCUGUUACAAGGCUUAUUGUUCGUCGAUUGCUGCAGACGCUGGGAAAGCCUUUCUGUUUGUUUAGUGGAUGGACAGUUUGACGGGCGCUCAUUGUCACUGCGCGGGCGUACGGUGUUGGUUUCGGGGCGGCUAGGCUUGCGCUCGGCCGGGCAACCAGCGGAGGGAUUGUACAAAUGUGGCAGUGGCAGCCAAUUGUGUCCCGCUGUCUCUGGGACCGAAGUUGGUAGCUUAAAAUUAAAAACCGUAUUUUCGAUGAGUGUUAUUCUCACGGGAUAUCUAGCUACGCGGGAAAGGGAUUAAAAAGUGUUGGCACGCUGAAAAUUCAUCAACUUGUCACAAUAGCUUGGUUGUAACAUUAGCUGCGUUUAGCUUAUAAACUAAUAUUAGCUUUCUUGAAAGAACAUCAAAUAAAAUGGUUAUUUACACCUUCGCUAUUAAUCUAAGAUGUUUGCAGACGUGUUGCAUUGCAAAUUUUCUGUGAUCAGCUGUCAGUCCUUGUAGCCUAAGGAUUUACACAAGACUUUGACUAAGCUGUCAAAUAUUUGACACUUGACAGCAGUUUUACCAUCAACAAGGAAGGCCAGAUUCUGCUACAAGCCUAUCAAGCUCGGUUAUCAGUGUCUGGAAAUAACUUGCUGUAAAACGGACUGUUGCUCAGAGUGGGUUUAUUUAUUUGAUACUUUGUGUGAGGUGUAGCCCGGCGCCCCUUGUCAGACGGGCUUUUCAGCUCAUGCGGUGAUGACUUUAGACUCCAUGAUGGCUUGUUGCCUGAGUGAGGAGGCGAAGGAGUCCAAACGAAUCAACGCUGAGAUCGAGAAACAACUCCGACGAGACAAGAGAGAUGCAAGAAGGGAGCUGAAGCUUCUUCUGCUGGGUACUGGAGAGAGUGGCAAGAGCACUUUCAUCAAGCAGAUGAGAAUAAUCCAUGGGUCAGGCUACACAGACGAAGACAAGAAGGGCUUUACCAAACUGGUGUACCAGAACAUCUUCACCUCCAUGCAGGCCAUGAUCCGCGCAACUGAGACCCUCAAGAUCCCGUACAAGUAUGAACAGAAUAAGAAUAAUGCCCAGGUGGUGCGCGAGGUGGACGUCGAGAAGGUGUCAUCAUUCGAUCAGCCGUACAUCGGCGCGAUAAAGAUGCUGUGGGCUGAUCCUGGCAUCCAGGAGGCCUAUGAUCGCAGGAGAGAGUACCAGCUCUCCGACUCAACCAAAUAUUACCUUAGUGAUUUAGAACGAAUAGCAACACUGGGGUACGUGCCCACUCAGCAGGAUGUGCUACGGGUUCGAGUACCCACCACCGGCAUCAUUGAGUACCCAUUUGACCUGCAGAAUAUUGUUUUCAGCUAUCUAAGUGAUCUGGAUCGUAUUGCUGAACCAUCCUAUCUACCGACCCAACAAGAUGUGCUUAGGGUUCGAAUCCCAACCACUGGGAUCAUAGAAUACCCUUUCGACUUGCAAAGCAUCAUUUUCAGGAUGGUGGAUGUUGGGGGUCAGAGGUCAGAGAGGAGGAAGUGGAUCCACUGCUUUGAGAACGUCACUUCCAUCAUGUUCCUGGUGGCGCUCAGUGAGUACGACCAGGUCCUGGUGGAGUCAGACAAUGAGAAUCGUAUGGAGGAGAGUAAAGCUCUGUUCAGGACCAUCAUCACAUAUCCCUGGUUCCAAAACUCCUCUGUCAUCCUCUUCCUCAACAAGAAGGACCUGCUGGAGGAGAAGAUCAUGUAUUCUCACUUGGUUGACUACUUCCCAGAGUUUGACGGUCCCCAGCGAGACGCUCAGGCGGGUCGAGAGUUCAUCUUGAAGAUGUUUGUGGACUUGAACCCAGACAGUGACAAGAUCAUCUACUCCCAUUUCACAUGCGCCACCGACACGGAGAACAUCCGUUUCGUCUUUGCAGCGGUCAAAGACACCAUCCUGCAGCUCAACCUCAAAGAGUACAACCUGGUGUGAAGGAGAAACGGAAA